GCGCAAUGGGGGUUUCCUCGGCCCCUUGGUAGACUAGUUAGUGUUCUUGUUGUUAUUGUCGCUCCCUUGUAGAGGGGGAGGAGAAAACCAACAACGUUAAUAUUUACAGUUACCUGACGCAUGCGGUUACUGGGUGAUCUUCCUGCCAUGAGAGCUGCCCACCAGGUCAACUGUUGCCCUUCCUUCUGCAGUUGAUGGAUCUGCAGCUGGUACAGAGAUGACAGACAGUGUCAGGGCCUUCCUCCGCAAUGUUGCGACGGGGAUCAAGGACUCCAUAUUGGGAAUUCGAACCAUAUCCAAGCUGGAUGCCCGCAUCCAGCAGAAAAGGGAGGAACAGCGGCGGAGAAGGGCCAGCGGGGCUUUGGCACAGAGACGGGCUCAGAGUGAGGAGCGUAAACCAGACAAUGACCCCAAAGUAGCCAGCAGGAUCGUUCAGUGCUGUGCCUGGAAUGGAGGAGUCUUCUGGCUCAGUCUGUUUCUCUUCUACCGGGUGUUUAUCCCACUACUUCAGACUCUCUCUGCCAAAAUUAUCGGUGACCCUUCGCUCCAUGGCAGUGUCUGGUCAUGGUUAGAGUUCAUCCUGACUUCUGUCUUCAGUGCUCUCUGGGUUCUCCCACUGUUUGUCCUCAGCAAGAUUGUCAAUGCCAUCUGGUUUCAGGAUAUUGCUGACUUGGCAUUCGAAGUGUCGGGCUGUAAAGCGCAGUCAUUCCCCAGCGUGAGCAAGAUCAUCGCAGACAUGCUCUUCAACCUCCUCCUCCAGGCACUCUUCCUCAUUCAGGGUAUGAUUGUUAGCCUAUUUCCCAUCGAUGCCAUUGGACAGAUGGUCAGCCUACUGCACAUGUCUCUGCUCUAUUCCCUGUACUGUUUUGAGUACCGCUGGUUCAACCACGGCAUCGAGAUGCACCAAAGGCUGUCCAAUAUUGAGAGGAACUGGCCAUAUUACUUUGGCUUUGGUUUGCCCAUGGCUUUGUUGACUGCCUUGCCUUCAUCGUACAUCAUCAGUGGCUGCUUGUUUUCCAUCCUCUUCCCUCUCUUCAUCAUCAGCGCUAAUGAGGCCAAGACACCAACAAAGCUAUACCAUUUUCAGCUGCGUCUCUUCUCGCUGGUGGUGUUUAUCAGCAACAAGCUUUUUCACAAGACGGUCCACCUGCAGUCCUCAAUGACAUUGUCAACAUCCUCGGAGAGACUCACAUCCCCCAACACGUCCCCGGUCCGACAAAGACUUCUGCCCACCCAGUGAUGAUGAUGAUGAUGCUGCAUGAAGGAACCUCGCUUAAUGUGACAAAGAUUUUUCCAGAAGGAUUUCCUUAAUUAAUGUGUUUUACAGCACUGGAUUUACAUGUUUUUACUCAUCUCUGGCCCUUUUAUUCAUAUUCAUUUGUCCACAAUGUCAUGUUGACAUACAAAUGCCCUGUGCCUCACACUCGAAACGCGUAAUGUACUCAAAAUUGUUUUCUUUUGGGGUUUUUUUUCACUCUCAUUUUGUAUAAUGUGCCAUUUCAGUGACUCUCCUUCAAGAAAUAACAGCACAAUUAAUCAUGUAGAGUUUUAUCUGAAAGGGGGACUAGCUGAAAUUUUGGAAGGAACUUGUUUGAUUUUAGAAGCAACUAGGUUGUUUUUACCUGCUGCAGUACGUGUUUGUUUGACGGUGCAAGUUUCAUAAUGUUCCUGUGACUGUCAGGUUAUGGUGUCCCAGCAGUUCCAGAAAGUGUGAUGUUAAGUCCAUGGAGAUUUAUUUUAUUUUAUUUUUUAAACGGGGGGGAUUUUUAAAAAUAGAGUUGAUAAGUGAGGAGCUGAAAUGAUUUGGGACCAUCUGAUGACGGGUUUCCCAAUCUUCCACAAAUUAAAAUGGGAGCUGUAUUCAUUGCAAACUACGAGACGAUCGAAAAACUGUUUGUCAUUAUAAAUGUAUUCAGUGAUCAAUUGGAUGAUGCCACCAAGCUGCAAGCACAUGUGUUACUUCAUGUUGCACUGCCACACGUCUAAAAACAUAUUAAGAACACUUUAAAACGUCGCUCUGUGUCCUCUACCUUUCUACAGAGUAGACACGAGUACAUGAUCCCUUUGACUAUUUUAAUUUGUCCUAUUUUUUUUAUAAGUACUGACCUACCAACAUGCAAUGAACCCCUCUCGCACCUUACAUUCAACAGGUUGUUAAAGGGCCUCACUUUUGACCUCACUGUUGCAAGAGCGUUGUCUUUGUGAACAAUGAUGUUUAUGAAUGAGGUUUUGUAAUGGGAAUGCAUCUCAUUUCAAUCAAAUUAAUCAGUAUUUACCAGUGAUAUUGGCUUGAAUUCUGCAAGUGUCUGCUUGCAGAAUUAUGCAAAACGUGCUCACGGUUUUGCUAUCAAUGAUAAAAUAAAAAUGUUUCAAACGGC